AUGGCCAAGUCUUCGAUGCUUCGCAAUGGACGACUUCCGCGAGACACGCUUCCGUUGCGUUACGAAGUGCUUCUUGCUCCGGACCUGAACCGAUCCAAGUUGAGCGGCUCUGUGCAAAUAGACGCGGUGUGUGUGAAGGAAACUGCGGAAGUGGUGUUUCAUUCGGAUCCCAUGUUGGUGUGGGAUCGGGUUGCCGUGUCUUCGAGCAACGAUUGUGCAAAUUUUUUUGAGACUGGGAUCGAGCGGUCGGCAGAGGACCAGGCUGUGAGGCUUAGUUUGCCGAGGAAGUUGAAACCGGAAGAGAGGUUUCGUGUCGCUGUGGAUUUUUCGGGACAGUUUUCCGAGAAGCUUGUGGGCUUCUAUCGGGCGACUUACGCUGAGGAUGGGAAUGCCAAGCAUCUCGGGGUUACUCAUCUUUGGCCGACGGAAGCCAGAAGAAUGUUUCCUUGCUACGACGAACCCGACAUGAAAGCCGAGUUCUUGAUCAAAGUACAACGCCUAGCUUCGAUGACAGCCUUGAGCAACAUGCCGGUGAAAGCGACCCGACCAUGUGAUGAUGGAUGUUUGCUCGAGUCGAAAGAAGAAGUUGUGGAAGACGAGUUCGAAGUGACGCCGAAAAUGUCCACGUAUUUGUUGGCUGUCACGGUUUCGGAAUUUCAAAGCGUAACUGCGACGACCGACAACCAGACACUGGUUCGGGUUUGGAUGCCGCCGUCCUUGAAACGUCAGGCCAAGUUGGCAAUCGACAUUGCCCCUGUUGUGCUCAAGUUCUACGAAAAGCUGUUCGAUAUUCGUUAUCCCUUACCGAAAAUGGACCUAUUCGUAGCUCCCGAUUUGGCGUAUGGGGCCAUGGAAAAUUGGGGUUUAAUUACCUACAGGGCGCAGAGUCUGCUUUUCGAUCCCGCUGUGUCGACAGCGAAGGACCAGGUUCAGCUUGCGUCGACUGUUUCUCACGAAAUCGCGCACCAGUGGUUUGGAAACCUUGUCACGCCUUCGUGGUGGACAGAUCUUUGGUUGAAUGAAGGAUUUGCGUCCUACAUGGAAGUCAUUCCGAUUCAAGAGAUUUUGACGAAAUGGAAUGUUGGUGAAAGCUGCUAUUCGGAAAUGCUGCGUGGAGUGCUGGUUACUGAUUCUCUCAUGGCCUCGCAUUCAAUUUCAAAAACCGGCGUAACGACCACCAACGAAAUUAUGGAACUUUUCGACGAUAUUUCGUAUCGAAAGGGUUCUUCGUUGAUUCGAAUGCUCGUCGCUGUCCUCGGCAGGGACGCCUUUUUGCGCGCCUUGUCUGGCUAUUUGGCGGCGUUCGCCUACGGAAAUGCAUCUCAAGAUGACCUGUGGACUCAUUUGUCGAAAGCUGACAGUUCACGGUUACCGAAAAAUGCUUUGUUGAAGGAUAUUAUGGACUCGUGGACGCUUCAGACAGGUGAUUUUUUGCCCUUUGCUUUGAGUAUUUCUUCAGUACUGAUCAAGGAAUACAGAUUGUGCCUCGGCUAUCCUGUUGUGACUGUCGCGAGGAAAGACUCUGGCGAUGGGCACGAGCUACACGUUUCACAAAAGAGAUUCUUCCUUUAUCCAUUGGGAGCACCUGAGAAGGACCGGGACUCAGUUUCAUCUUGGUGGGUUCCGCUGAAUUUUGCUUCCGGAACCCGAAACAAUAGUACCCGCGACUGGAAAGACGCUCGUGCAGACGCCUGGCUCGAGCCAAACAGUGAAUACAAGUCGUCGCAGAAAUUUGGAGUGAAUGAGUGGAUAGUUGUGAACGUGGGGCACACGGGUUUCUAUCGAGUCAACUAUGAUGAUUUGAACUGGAAAUUGUUGGCGGAACAGCUGAAGGAAAACGCGGAGGUGAUCGAUCCCGUGAACAGAGCGCAAAUCUUGGACGAUGCGUUCAUGCUAGCCCGUGCUGGAUAUUUGGAGUACGAUUUAGCCGUUGAUUUGAUGGAUUAUUUGCCCGCGGAAACGUCGUACAUGCCGUGGUCGGCUGCGUUGAAAAGUGCCAAUUUUUUCAUCGACAUGCUCGAUGAUGGCGAGGAGGAACACGCCGGAGACUUGAAUCUUCUCAAGAAUUAUCUGAAGAAAACUCUGACGCCGGCCUUGGAUUCAAUGGAAGAAAACAGAAAUGGACAAACCUGCUGCAAUGAGACGUCGGGCCAAUAUGAAAACGUUACUAGCAUUUGGCUCGAAACCUUACUCGCAAAGUGGGGCUGUGAUUUAGGCCACGAGAAAUCUGUGAAGUUUGCUCGAGACGAAUUCAGUCGUUGGAUGACAUCCUAUGACCCCGAAAACCCUGAUAAACCCAUCAUUGAUCCAAACAUGAAAGAAAUGGUCUACUGUUGUGGCAUCAAUUUGGGCGGGAAAGCCGAGUGGGAUUUCGCAGCAAAACAUCUUUCCAGAACCUCUGUUGCAACGGAAAGGGACUUGAUUCUCAGUGCUUUGGCAUGCACGCAAAAUGUGUCCCUUUUAUCGGAAUACGCCGAACUCGUCAUCAAAGGAGGAACUGGAACCGAUUCUAAUCCUUUGAUACCGAAAGCUGAUUCAAUGACUGCCUUGCUAAAUAUUGCAGCCAGGAGCAACGUUGGAGGAAACCUCAUGUUGGAUCUAGUCACUGAUGAAUGGCCACGUGUUCAGAGCUUAUUUGGUACUGGGCGUUUGAAUGUGGGCAGAUUAUUCGUGCAGGUGGCAAAAGGAUUGUCUUCGACGCAAAAAAUCGAAAAGAUCAAGAAGUUUUCAGAAACGAACAAGAGUGCCUUGCACGGAGCAAACUUGUUGAUGCAAACAGCUGAAGAAUUCAUUCUUUCCAACAUCCGCUGGCAGACUGGAUUGAGGGCGAAAUUCAUGAAAGCACUUUCGCGGAAAUUCCGAUGAAUGUGAAAGAAAAAAAAAUUGCGUUUUCAAGUCCCGUUCGUGGUUUGCUGGUUUUCUGACGGGUUAUUUCGGAUUGGGCUUCCAAUAAAUUCGGGGAGCCAUUCGAAAAAUCCUCUGUGGUUAUUUCUUUUC